AUACUGCAAAAUGCAAAACAACGACUGAGACCGAGGACUGAACGCUGAACUCGGAACUACUGAGACUGAGAGACUGAAAGAACUAAUCAUGGAGUGUCUUAUCGGAAUACAAGGAAAGGAUUUUGUCCUCCUGGCGUCUGACACAGUAUGCGCUCGGAGCGUAGUUGCUAUGAAGGAUGAUCACGACAAAAUGUUUACCGUGAGUGACAAUCUUUUGAUGGCUGUUUGUGGUGAGGCAGGAGAUAGUAUACAGUUUCCAGAGUACAUUUCAAAAAAUGUUCAGCUGUACAAGAUGAGGAAUGGGUAUGAUUUGUCCCCUCAUGCUGCAGCUAACUUUACAAGAAGGAACAUGGCUGAGAGCUUGAGGUCGUCUAGAAGCCGUUUUGUCAAUCUCCUUCUUGCUGGCUAUGACAAGGAUGAUGGCCCCUCUCUGUAUUUCCUGGACUAUUUGGCUUCCCUCAACAAAAUGCCAUUUGCAAUUCACGGCUAUGGCAGUCUGUUUGCCCUCAGUAUCAUGGACAAAUAUUACCAGAAAGAUCUGGAUUAUGAGGGAGCGAAGGAACUAUUAGUGAAAUGCAUCACUGAGAUACAGAAACGGUUCAUCGUCAACUUGGGAAAAUUCCGGGUUCGGGUGGUGGACAAGAGUGGUAUCCAAGACAAGGGAACAGUUCAAGCAGAAGCGCCCAAAGCCUGAACAAAUGAUUGUUGUCUAGAACUGUUCUAAGUGUGUGUGUGUGUGUGUUGAGUGUAUGCUGUUGAAAUAAAGUGAGGAUGUAAGAAUAGAGUGGCUUGGUGUCAUUUUGAAAGAAUGGAUGUUGGUUUGUUGUUGUGUUCUAAAAAGGGAUUGAUUUGUUUGUGCGCAAUGUCUCGAUUUAAAGAUGAAGUUGAUGGGGUGAUUGAAAAAUUGGGACGGGAUGCUGUUUUAAAUAAUGGCUUACAAAUUUUGUUCUGUUCAGGUGAUGGAAGUGUGAUAUUAUUGAAGUGAAUUUGGGCUCUUUACCUUUCUUUGUGCUACGUGCAGGAUCAGCCAUUCAGCUAGGUCCAACACACCCAGUUUGUUUUGAUUAAAGAUUCUGCUUUUUAAAAAUAACGUACCGGUAUGGAGUUUUGUUGAGAGGGAUACUUUACGAAACAGUACAUUUUGGUUGUUUUUUUUAAAAUAUGAAAUUUUAAAGCAAUGUAAGCUAAGAAAAAUGUGAAAAGCUGCAAACUAAUUACUGUUUUUAGGUCAUCAGUUCUCAAGCAUUAUUUCUUCUUGGAAAUAGUUUGUAGUCCCAUGUAAUUUGAUUUUGGUCAUCUUUUUUUGUUUCCCCAAGACUUGUUGGUUUAACAUUUUCAUCAUUGGUGAGAAAGGCAAUUGAGGGAAUAAAUAUUUCAUACUGUU